AUUAUUUGGAAGUUAUUCUUACAUAUAUAAUUUCUAUAAUGCAUUAACUGCUUUUUUGUGAUAAAGAAGAAAACAAUAAAAUGGGAGAUAGAUAUGUGUGUGUGUGUGUCUUGAUUCUUUUUGCUGUGGCUGUGAUGGUGAUGGUGCCCUGCUUUAUCCAGCCAUGCCCAGACAUGCUCAGCCAUACCCAGACCCCCUCAGCCAUACCCAGACAUCCUCAGCCAUACCCAGACAUACUCUAACCCGCGCCCUGUCUCCCUUGCUCCUCCUCCCAGCACAUCCCGCGGCGCCUGCUCAGUGACAGCGGUGCACCAACAAGCAGACAAGUACAACGUGUGUCACCCUCCAGUUUUAUAUGAUUAUUCUGACCUUUCCUUUGUGAUUGGCAGCUCAGUGGGCAUUAUUUUUCGAUCUUUCUUUCCCCUUGGCCAGUUCCUUUGUUGUAAAAGAAGGAAAAAAAAAUGUUUUCGCUGCCUGAGUCACCAGUUCGUCAAAACAUCGUGGCGUCACUUACAGGAUGUCCUGCCUUAUCGUUUCACCCUUCUGCCUUCCUCGUUUACACAUACAGACAUACACACACACACACACACACACACACACAACCAUGGGGAGAGGUUUGCCGCCGCUGGUGGUGGUGGUGGUGGUGGUGGCGCUGAGCGCUGCUGGAAGCGCAUUAAGCUCCACCCUGGACCUGGACCGCAUUGCUGCUGACACAGUAGUGAAGGAAGGAGAAACGCAAGUCAUCUUCACCACGGACAAUGAAUUACGGUCUAUGAGAAUAUUUGUUCAGUUUGUGAAGCCUGAGAGUGGCUUUGAGGGUGUCCCUAUUGUGACGGAAAGUGACGUCACUAUCAACACCACCUGGAUCCCUGCCGAGUAUUGUUCCUCGCCCAGUGGCACGUGGUUGGUUAUCCUGGUGGGGAUAAACCCUCUAACCGGGGUGGUGGAUGACUUGAGCAUUGUGUCUGAUAUAUGCUCUGUGACGUGUGUUAUCAAAACUGACGGGCGAAGCCGCAGGACUUUCCGCGUGGUGGUUCACGGCCCUUCCGGAUGGAGAACAAUACAACCACUGCCAGAUGAGUGUGGCUCCAUCUUCUCUCCGUCAGAACAAAAGUCCUGUCUGCUGGGCCUAUUUGCCACCACCACCACCACCACCCCGCUCCCCUGCACCAUCACCACUACCACCAUUCCCAGCCCCUUCACCAUUACUACCACUCCGGGCCCCACCACCACCAUCACCACCACCACCACUCCGCGCCCCACCGCUAGCUCUACUGUCUUAACCUCUACUAACUCUACUAACUCUACUAACCUGACAAUCAUCUACUGUAAACAGAAUAAGAUAACCAUCGUGUUAUCAGUAGUGGUGCUGGUGGUAGUGGUGGUGAUGGUGGUGGUCUUCUGGAAACGGAAAUCUGUGGCAUCACCAAAUGUGGUGAGGUCCCAGCCUGCCGUCCCCAGCCGCCCCCUGCAGUCCACCUCCGGCCAGAGGGGCAACCCAGCCCAGGACGUGGACCCCGUCUAUUAUGAAAUCCUGCCUUUCUUCUCAUCACGGCGAGUGGUGGUGCCGCGGCCUGCACGGCACUCAGAGGAACUCGUCUACGACGACGUGCUGCCUGAACUCGGCGUGAGGCCUCGCUUACCUAUUUAUGAGAAUGUGCCUCCUCCCGGUGGCAGCGCCUCCCCUCACGGGCAUCUGGAGGCUCCGGCGGUCCGUGAGUCACAGCUCUACGCCUCGGUGCUGUAGCCAACACUCACCGCACGCUGGAAAAUACAACCAGAGGUUGUAAGGAAACCAGCUCCUGUCCAGCGGUGCUCUUUACUUUUGUAAAGCAUCCUUUACUUUUGUGAAGGAGCAGGAGCAGCGCUGGCCAGCCUUGCUCCUCCAAGUGGAUGUCAAGGAUGCCUCGUGACUUCCUUGCCUGGUUCAUUUUAGCAAAACUGAUCUUUGUUUGUUCGCUGGCUUGUACAAGAGUGGCCCUGGCUGACUGGCGCAGCCCUGUGAUCAGUGUGCACUGGCCGCCGGGGCGGCGCAGCGCGGUGUGAUGCAGAGCAGCACAGUUCCAAGACGGCAGCGGUCAGAAGUCCGGGAAUUAUUUGCACAUGAUUGUGGCUUCAUUGUUCAUCCUCUGCAGUGUUACUGUGCACUUGCUUUGUGUCACAGUGCUUGUGUCAUAAACAAUGAAGGUGCUUCUUGCUUCACUUC